CAACGAUCAUAUAAAUUACAGAAUCCCACAAACCCAAAAAGCUCUCUCCUCUCUCUCUCUCUCUCUCUCUCUCUCCCACCGAAUCUCGUUCGGUCUCCGGGAAGAACGAAGUUGGUGAAGUCGCCGCCGGGAUAGACUCAGGUUUACCGAUGACAUACAUGCAAGAUAAUCCAGCAAUGUUCGAGAAACGAGCUUCCAAGUUUCUAUUAUUCGCUCUCAUUGUGAUCCAGUUACUAGCUACUCAACUCGUUGCUCAAAGAUCUAAAACUCCAUGGCAGACACUCAGUGGAGACGCUCCUCGUGUCGUUGCUCGUGGUGGGUUUUCUGGGUUGUUGCCAGAUUCAAGUCUCGAUGCUUACAGUUUUGUAUCUCCGACAAGUGUGCCUGAUGCUAUCCUGUGGUGUGAUGUGCAACUUACCAAAGAUGGAGCUGGGAUUUGCUUCCCUGAUGUCACAAUGUCGAAUGCUUCUAAUGUCCUAAAUGCUUAUCCUGACCGGAACACUUCUUACCUGCUUAAUGGUGUCCCUACUGUGGAUUGGUUCACCAUUGAUUUCACCUUGAAGGAUCUGAGCAGCGUUUUCUUGAUCAGAGGAAUAUUAUCACGGUCAAAUGCAUUCGAUAACAACCAAAACGUGAUUUCAACAGUUCAAAAUAUAGCUACGCGGUUGAAACCCGCAGGUUUUUGGUUAAAUGUUCAGCACGACGCGUUCUACACGCAACACAACCUGAGCAUGAGCAGCGUUCUGCUAACACUUUCCAAAACUGUGAAUAUCGACUUUCUCUCUUCCCCUGAGGUGAACUUCUUUCGGAAUGUUGGUGGCCGUUUCGGGAAAAAGGGCCCAAAGUUUGUGUUCCGGUUUCUCGAGAAAGAUGAUGUUGAUGUGUCAACUAAUCAAACCUAUGGAUCUCUCAUGGGGAACCUAACUUUCAUCAAGACGUUUGCUUCAGGGGUUCUUGUUCCCAAGUCUUACAUAUGGCCACUCGAAGACCAAUACUUGCGCCCUCACACAUCCUUUGUUCAAGAUGCUCACAAAGCAGGAUUAGAGGUAUAUGCAUCAGGUUUUGCAAAUGAUUUUGAUCUUGCAUACAACUACAGUUACGAUCCAUUGGCCGAGUACUUAUCUUUCAUGGACAAUGGAGAUUUCUCCGUGGAUGGGUUUCUAACUGAUUUUCCACUAACAGCGUCUUCGGCUGUUGACUGCUUCUCCCAUCUUGGAAGUAAUGCUAAAACACAAGUGGAUUUUCUUGUUAUAUCCAAUAAUGGAGCAAGUGGAGACUACCCUGGCUGCACAGACUUGGCCUAUUCAAAGGCUAUCAAAGAUGGUGCUGAUGUCAUCGACUGUUCCCUUCAACUCUCAUCGGACGGGAUUCCGUUUUGCUCAAGCGCCAUUGAUCUCGGAGAGAGCACGAACGUUGUCCAAAGCCCUUUCAGAAACCGUUCAGCAACUGUUCCUGAGCUCGGCUCACGUUCUGGAAUAUACAGCUUUAGUCUGUCGUGGUCUGAGAUUCAGACAUUGAAACCUGCUAUUGCGAACCCAUUCAACCAGUUUUAUGACUUGUUUAGGAACCCUAGGGAGAAAAGUUCAGGGAAGCUUGUUUCACUUUCUGAUUUCCUGAACUUGGCCAAAAACUCCAGCUCCCUCGUUGGUGUUUUGAUCAGCGUUGAGAAUGCAUCGUACCUUAGAGAGAAGCAAGGUCUCGACGCUGUUAAAGCGGUUCUCGAUACACUCAAAGAAGCUGGUUACGGCAACGCGACAGCAACCACCACGAAGGUUAUGAUUCAGUCGACUAACAGCUCAGUCUUGGUUGAGUUCAAGAAACAGAGCCGGUACGAGACAGUGUACAAGGUGGAAGAGUCGAUCCGCGACAUCCUCGACUCUGCGAUCGAAGACAUAAAGAAAUUCGCCGAUGCUGUUGUCAUCAGAAAGACAUCAGUCUUCCCCUCCAGCGAAAGCUUCACCACCGGACAAACCAAUAUAGUGGAGAGGCUGCAGAAGUUUCAGCUCCCGGUUUACGUUGAACUUUUCCGGAACGAGUUUGUUUCUCAGCCAUGGGAUUUCUUCUCCGACGCAACCGUGGAGAUAAACUCGCAUGUUACUGGAGGUGGUAUCAAUGGAACCAUCACUGAGUUCCCUCUCACAGCCGCUAGAUACAAAAGGAACCGGUGCUUGACCCGCAAAGACCCGCCUCCAUACAUGAUCCCGGUUCAGCCCGGUGGGCUCUUAGCCAUCGUGAGUCCUAACGCUUUACCUCCAGCAGAAGCACCAAACCCGGUUAUCACAGAUGCUGAUGUCAUUGAACCACCACUACCUCCGGUUACAGCCAAAGCCCCAACCACAAGCCCUGGACCUUUAUCGACUGAUGAAAAGUCUCCUAACGGGCAAACCCGAGUCGUUCUAUCUCUUCUUCUUUCUGCGUUCGCUACGGUUCUUGCCUCUCUUCUACCUCUGUGAUCACAUUGAUCCCAUCACUCACGCUGUGAUGAUGAGUUUCUGUUGAGGUUUUGGUUUGUUCAUAUUCUUCGCUAGCUUUGUAAAAUUCUUGGACGUAAAUUGGUGUCAUGGGGUUUCUUCAAGUGUUGUUGUAACAUUAUUUACUGUAGUGUUAUUUAAAACUCUUGUGUGCUUUGUAGUAUUUAUGAGACUCGUCUUAUUUGAACACAAGUAUUUAAAAUUAAGAGUUUUCACAAUAUGUUUCAUGUGUUCUUGUAAGCUCUAAGAUUUUAAAAAUUAUGCCAUGUUUUCUCA